GUAGUUCAUCAUUUUAUCCUGGAUACUCACUAAUGGGACAGACUUUGAGCGAACCGGUGACUACAAAGGAGUCCGCCUCAUGUGUCAAUGAAUUGUUCACUGUAGGUAGUUCAUGUAUGCAAGGAUGGCGAAUAAUUAUUACGAGUAAUCGCGAGCACCUUGAACUUGGGAGUAGCUUACUGCGCAGCUCUUUAAAAUUUAUGAUAUUCGCAGAUAUGGAAGAUGCGCAUACGCACUUACUAUCUCUACCUGAUGAUCCGCGAUGUGCAUUUUUUGCUGUCUAUGAUGGCCACGGUGGUCCAAAGGCAUCCCAGUUUGCCGGAAUUAACCUGCAUAAACAGAUUCUGCAACAAGCUGAUUAUGCCCAAGGAAACCUGCCUGAGGCAUUGAGAAAAGGCUUCUUGGCACUUGAUGAGCAAAUGCGUUCAGACGAUGAAAUGCGAGAUGAUGUGUCUGGUGCCACAGCAGUAGUAGUGUUAGUAAAGGAUGAUGUUAUACAUUGCGGUAGGCUCUGCCUUUUUUCGUUAAAACGUAGUGGUUUCGUUAGGGUUUACUUUGAUUGAGG